AUGGAAGUAAAUAAUCGUUUUCAGCUUCUUACUUUUCUGUCUACCGACAAAGAGUCAGAAAAAUCUUCUUUUAUCGACCUGAUUUCAUCAGAUCAAAUAUCAGAAAUAAAUGACAAACAACAAACAAAAAAUCAUUGGGAUGUACCAGAAUAUGUCGAAAAACCAAUUCCAUCUUCAUCAGUACCUAUUACACAAGUACAAACAUCUCGAAUUAUUAAAAAAACUAAAUCCUCUGUUAACGUUACAAAUACAAAAUGUGACAAACAAGAUGAAGUUAAAUCAUCUCCGAUUAUUGAAGAACAAAAUCAACCUACAACUUGUUCAUAUUAUCCACCUCAACCUUACAAAUUCAAGCAAAAUUAA